AUGAGGGCGGUUUGUAGAGAUAAGAUUUCAAAUGGAUCUGGUAACACUUCUUUGUCUUUUGAAGAUGUGUACGGGCUUAAUAGAGAAGGAUUAUUAGGGAUAGAGCAGGCUCUAAAAGUUUCUGAGAGAGAGGUAGAGCAGGCUCUAAAAGUUUCUUUUGUCAAGAAAGACCAGAAGCAGUCUUGGUUAGAAGCCAAGAAAAUACAUGAUUAUUGGUCAAACAAGGAGAGGAAAUCAGAAGAAGGAAAUAUAUCUAGAAGUUCUGAUGAUGAACACGUGUUAUUAAUUGCUUCUGAUUCUGAUAAGUUAACUUCUGAAGAUAUUGAUUCUGAUUCUAAAAAUGAGUCAGAGCUUGAAAAUGAUUCUGGGAGUGAGUCAGAAUCAGAAGGAAAGAUUGGUUCUAAGGAAGAAUAUGAUUCUGAUCUAGAUUCUGAUGGUGAUUCAGAUUCUGGUGUUCCAUAUUCUGAUGGUAAUUUAGAUUCUGGUGGUAGUCUAGAAUCUGGGAAUAUUCUAGAUUCUGAAGGUGGUCAUGCUUCUGAAGUCGGUACUUCUGGAGUUUCAGUAUCUGAUAUUGUUCAAGAAUCAGAAUGUUUUGAACAAGUUCAUAGAAUCAGGAACAUUCAGAGGAGGUUUACAGCAUCUGAUAUUGUUCCAGAAUCAGAAGGUUCUAAAUAA